AAAAAAAAAAAAAAAAAAAAUCCAGAAGCGAUCUUCAUGAACUAACACGGUUGAUAACCCUAAUUUUUAUCCUCUUUCGAUUUCACCGACCUUCGAUUUCGAUUUGGUGUUGUUAAUCCUCAAUCUCGGUACCUCCCGAGCCUUAAAAAAAAACCCCUAGAGAAACCCUAAUUUUUGGUUGUCAGGGGAAUAUGUCUUCUGACCAUAUAUCAGGUGGUGGAGCUUCGAAGACGAAGACAAAGACGAAGCAUAAGAACUGGAGCUCGAAUCACAACCGAUCCAAGCCAAUGGUGGUUUCUAGACCGGAGCGAUCGGUUCCUCUUGUGUCUCCCUCGAACUCUUUCGCGUCAGAGGACGAUCAUCACAUGUUAAAGAUAAGUCUGAGCUCGAUUUCUAAGCUUGAGGUUAGGAACUUGAAGCGGAAGCUUAACGCUGAGCUAGAUGAGGUUAGGAUCUUGAUCAAACGGCUCGAUCCCCAACCCCAAGGUGGGAUCAUUGGGUCUGUGGCUAAAACUGGUGCUCCUGGGAGAAACAAGAAGGUGAAAACAGGGAAUGGAGGAGGAGGUAAGAAAGGUGGCCCUGGCCCUGGAGCUGCUGAUAAAGGUAUGGUUCAGGUUUUCAAGAACUGUAACACUUUGCUUACGAAACUGAUGAAGCAUAAGUGUGGUUGGGUAUUCAAUGUUCCAGUUGAUGUUAAAGGACUUGGUUUGCAUGAUUAUCACACUAUUGUUGAACAACCUAUGGAUUUGGGUUCAGUGAAGACUAAGUUGGAGAAGAAAUUGUAUAACUCGCCGUUAGAUUUUGCUGAAGAUGUCAGGCUUACCUUUAACAAUGCUAUCUUGUAUAAUCCGGUUGGGCAUGACGUGCAUCAGUUUGCUGAGGUUUUAUUGGCCAUGUUUGAAGAGAAAUGGGUGGCCAUUGAAAUGCAGUAUGAUAAUCUUCAUCGGAAGUUCAAACCAACUCGUGAUAUCGAGUUCUCUGCUCCUGUUUCAACCGUUGCUCCUACUGUAGUAGAGCCAUUACCUGCUCCUACACCUUCUCCGUCUCCUCCUCCUCCUCCUCCACCAGCUCCUGUACUUGAUAAUAGGAAUUGGGAGAGAGACGAAUCUAUGACGAUCCCAGUGGAACCUGAAACUGUCACCACUGCUCCCGAGAAGCCUGAAGAAGAGGAAGAGGAGGCACCUGCUAAUAACAGCAGGGACCUGACGUUGGAAGAGAAACGGAGACUCAGUGAAGAGCUUCAGGACUUGCCUUUUGACAAACUUGAGAUAGUUGUUCAGAUUAUAAAGAAGAGCAAUCCGGAGCUCUCUCAACAAGAUGAUGAGAUUGAGCUGGAUAUUGAUAGCCUUGAUAUCAACACACUCUGGGAGCUUUAUAGAUUUGUGACUGGGUAUAACGAUAGCUUGAGCAAGAAAAAGGAGCAGCAUCAGGGAUUUGGUUCAGAAAGAGAUGCUGAAUCUGUUCACAAUAUUAUCCAUGAACCAACCACUCUAGUAACUGGCACCGAAACAUCAAGAGUUACUGAAUCAGGAAAAGCAAUUCGGACGUCAUCUCCUGCUCGCCAAGAAAACAACGCAAGUGGAUCAAGUAGUUCUAACAGUUCUAGUAGUGACUCAGGAUCUGGCUCUAGUGAUUCUGACAGUGACAGCUCCUCAGGCCGUGAAUCAGAUACUGGUAAUUAGGCUAGUCAGCGUCGUCAUGCUGUUUGAUCUCUUUCAAUAGCACAGUUAGAUUUUUUUCUAAGUCGAUAACUCUUCCCAAACGGAUUGAUUUCUGUAUUAGGAUUUUUACUGUACAGAAAAUAUGAAUUAACUUUUCAGAUGUGUUAA